AUGGCGUCACGGCUGUUUUGGCCUGGAGUGCGAGUCCAUUCAAGAAUUUGCUGCUCUCAUUCUCCGCGUUCUUGCGUAUAUAAAUCACUCGUUCGCUUUUACACUUCCAGCUUUAUGUCAGGAGACAUGAAAGAUCUUAACGGAGUCGAGACGAAGGAAGAAAAUAUAUCCAACUUCUUUCUCAAUGCCCAAGAAACGAAACUCAUGGAGAGUAAGUGGAAGCGAAGGUUUCUGGACACACAAUAUCGCUGUGAUGCGAUUUUCAUCUUGGGCCCUAUGGGAGCAGGGAAGACUACUGUUACAAAUAACGAGUUUAAGACCCAUCCAGGUUACAGGAAUUACGCGUACGUAGACACAGACGAAAUCAUGGGAAUGUUAAAAGGGUUUGAAUCAAACAAGGUGGAGGAAUAUUAUCCAGUCGCUCGUAAGAUUGCUAUUCAUCUUACCGACUGGAUUUUGGAGCAGAAGAUCAGCUUUGUAGCAGAGGGAACAUGUGUUAAGUAUUUGGAGCUCAUAGACUACAUGAACCGCUUAAAAUCGGUCGGCUAUCAUGUCCGCGUGAAACGCUUGCCUCGAGUUCCGCUGGACAUAAUUCUUGAAAGAGCUAAACGACGAAAAAAUCGGUUAAUUCCUGAUCACGUAGUGGAAUCGAUUUUGGAAGGAUCUAACCUUGGAAUAGAAAAACUGUACGAGUUUAAUAAGACAGAAUCGCUAUUUGAGGAUAUGGACGAACAAGAGAGAAGAGAAGAUCUAAGAUCAGUCGCUUCGUUAGAAAUUCCAUCACCAACUGCUUGAAACCUUAUGUUAUAUAAUAUAGGCAACAAGCACUUCAAGUUAGGAGGGUAGCGUGUGUCUCAGUCUUCUUCAUGGUUAUAAGUGACCUACUAAGUUGUUGGUGAUUUUAUGUGAGAGUGACAGGAAUAUGGAAUAGGAGAGUAAGUUUGGCUAAAGCAUCGUUUACUGUUUACAAACAAUAGCGCUAUAGUCAGUCACAUCGAACGGACUUCAACUACAAAAUCAUAGUCAACCAUGAUACAUGCAGGAAGUUUGACCUGUCAAAGUCUUGGACAAAAGCUAUUUUCAUUGGCUCAUGAUGUGCAGCUUAAGUCAACUAUUAGUCCAUUUUACAGUUGCUUGCUUGUCUGCCAAGUCUUUGAACAGGAGUGAGGCUGAGGUUGACCUUGUUAUGAUACAAACCUUACUGCUUUUCAAAUGCAAAUUACUUUGUUGUGAUGCUAACUAGAUACUGGUCUCUAUUACAACAUGGUUACCUUCAUGCCCACUCCAAAUCAAAGGCUUGGCAACUAAUUAUUGAUUCAUCUAGAAUUUAUCAUUGUCUUUAUUUCAUUGUCAACUGAAAUAUUUGAUGCAGUUCCUGCAUAGGCAGAGACAAUUAUUCCACUGGUGCAAAGCUCUUCUUUUGUUAUUUCAUUCCUUCUGAAAAACUGAACCAAAAGAAAAAUGUGGUUUAUCUGAGCAACAUUUUAUUUUGUUAACUCUUUGUUUUGGUCAAAGUUUUCAUAGUAAAUAGCAUUAUUUAAUUGUGCUCGAAACUUUCUUCUAUCUUUGGUGAAAGAGAUACAAAUUUUUUAAUUAUUAAAUAGCUUUGUGGUUUUGUUAUGCACAUGAGUAUGGUAUCUAAAAAAGCAUUAAUUUGUUAUUGAAAUACUAACCUUGAUGUCUAAGGUAUUCAGAAUGUUCCUUCUUUGCAACGCUUUCUAAGUUUGGCAUAAAAGCCUACAAGUGGUGUAGAACCAUUGCAAAAAAUAUUUUUGUCUUAUUCAGUAAUCAAGAGUUUUUACCAUCAAACAUGCCAAAUCCAAUAUCAGGAAGUUCUGUUAUUAUGAGAAUUGUAUUGCUAGGUAAACAAAUCAUGGUUGACGAUGAUGAAAUUCCCGAUGAAAAAUCCAUUACAAUAUUCUAAGAAGAACUCUAAAUAAAGGCCUGUGUAUAUUUGUACAUUUUUGAGCAAUCCAUUCUCUUUUUAUACCAGAAGUAAAGACAAUGUCCAGUUAACCUCUUUGUUGCCUUUUGUUCUCAAUUCACAAGUUUUCAAUUUUUGCACUUGUUAGUGAUAUGUUACAUAAGAUUGUAGAUAUACUCAUCCUCUCAUUGUUUGAAAACACAAUACUAACAUUUUGUUUCAUAGUGUGUCACAUUAUUUUCUCAUAAUUAUGGUAUGCACGUUAAAUUGAUCUUGUAAUGGGUAUUAAUUUAUUAUUCUCUUUAAUUCAAAGAGGUUGUGUAAGAACAUUGGAUGUUCACUGAGUUAGUACAUACUUUCAGAGCCAGAAACUGCAAUUUAAAGGCAGAGAAAUCUGUUUAAAAAAAAUUACAAGGUAAUUAUUAUUGCUUAGGAUAUUUAUACAGACAGUCACACUGUUUGAUCUAAGGAAUGAAAUCAUAUCAUCAAACAAAAUGAGAUAAUAACUUAAUUAAUGCUUUAUGUUAUCCAAAUUCAACUCAACAUUUUGUGGGUUGUGUAUUAUUUGCACCAUUGUAAAAUUCCUCUGGUUUUUUAACUUCUUUGUAUAAAAUCUUGAAAUUACGUUGUGUCUGUAAAACUCAAGGACUCUUCAAGGGAAAUAAAUUUAUACAUUCAAGCAC